CAGUCCAAAGCAGAGUUUAAAAUUCUGUUCGUGGGAAAGAGACUGUUAAUCGAUUAUUCAUUCAAAAAAGAAAAUCCGAUCUCCAAUCUCAAAAGUAUAGUGUGUUCUUGACCAUUUUGAUAACAGUUUUCAGAAUGUCACAGGGAAAUGAUAGCGAGAUUCCAUGUUGGAUGUUUGACGAGGCACAGGUGAACAACUCUACAAAUUUACRUUCAACGACAAAUUAUUUGUCAUAUACAGACGAAACAGUUGUUAAAAGAGUAUACAAACUGGCUAGAAUCCUCCAUGACACUUUGAUCRAGUCAGGAAUCACUUACUGGGCCAGUGGUGGUACCUUAUUAGGCUGUGUAAGACACAAAGGCCUAAUACCAUGGGAUGAUGACCUUGAUUUAUGUAUUUAUAGCAAAGACAAAGCAAARAUUGAUCACUUAAAAUAUCUUUUAAACAACAAUGACUGUGAAAUGCUUGAAGUUCRAGAAUUUGGUUACAGAGUUUUUCAUAAAACUGAGUCAGAAAACCUUCCAAGUGAAUAUCARAAGCAUCGGUAUCCAUUCUGUGAUAUUUUUGUAAUGAAACGACGACAUACUAUCUCUGAGAUUGCAGCUGGAACUGGACGGGCGCUUUGGCCUAAAGAAUACUAUUACAAUAAGGAUAUUGACAAUUUAGAAUCUCGAAUAUUUGGYGAUGUUUAUCUCAACUGUACAGCAAAUCCUGAGGAGUACCUUGAGAGAACUUAUGGACAGCAAUGGUUUACACAUGCAUCAACACAUAAUUAUAAUCACAUUACACAAGAAUAUGUCAAUCCAGUCAGGUUUGAAUUAAGUCCAGAGAAUUAUCAGCCAGCAAAACCUUUCAGAUAGCAAGCCAGCUAUCAACAGCACCUGGACRAAAUGGAGAGGACAUAUUGAAUUUCAAGUGAGCUGACCAAAAAGACAAUGAAAUCUUGCAUGGACUUUUUGUAACUUCGCCUACAAUAGAUCUAAUCGGCUAACACGCUGUUACCACUAAUGUAUGAAAUGAAAUUGUAAACAACAAUAAAACUUACUCCUGGAUGGUUUGAAUUGGUUGGAAACGUUCUAUUGCCCUUUAAAUGGAUUCCCUUUUGUUGGGCUUCCUGUCUUUUAGGAGACAGGGAGCCCAAUAAGAAGAGACCACAAAGAGCUGGAAGAAUGUUGCUAAAUUCAAAUGUGUAGUAAACAUUUCAGUCAUGUGUUGAAUCAAAGUUAACCAGGAAUUGGAAUUAUUGAGUCAUAUACAAUAAUAAUAUUCAGCAGUCAUUCUCURUUUCUUGGCCUC